AUGACGUGGACGCUCGUCUUCAUCCUCUCCUGCGCCUCCCACGCGGUCGGCGCCUCGGCGGAGCCCGCGAACCUUCCCGGUCUCACCCCAAAUCUCCACGCGGCGCUCUCCGCGAUCGAUACCUCGGCGUGCCCCGAAGCACGCUCGGGACAUCGACGCGCGAACACGGCGGCGACGAAGUACCUGAAGAAUGGCGAUCACGACAGGGCGCUCGCGUGCUACGUGGCGGCGCUAAACUCGAAGAUGAACUUCCCACCGGCGUAUUAUGGUUUGGGCGAGACGUUCGCGAAGCGGGCGCCGAACGGGUUCGAACUCGCGCGGGAGAGCUACGAGCUCGCGCUGAAGCACUGGCCGGAGUACAUCGACGCAAACAUCGCGCUUGGGGAUCUUUGGGCGCGCACACGCGGGGAUAGAUCUCGGGCAGAGGUGUAUUUCUUGUCGGCGACGCGGUUGCGGCCGGACGACGCGUUGGCGUGGGAGUCUUUGGCGCAGAAUCAGGUGGAGGAUGGACGGUUGGACAAUGCGCUGAAGACGUACGAUGGCGCGAUAGAGCGCAUUCGUGAGUCGCCGGGUUUGUAUUUUGGCCGGGGCACGGUGCAUCAGAAGAAGGAGAACUUUCAGGCGUGUGUGAAUGAUGCAGAGCACGCGUUGAAAAUCGCAAGCGAGUUCGGUCAAGCGUAUCAUUUAUUGGCACUGUGCUCGUCCGAAAUGAUCGGCCCAGACUCGCCGUCGGCCACUGAUCUGGAGAUGUAUUUUCGUCAGGCGAUCCGAUUCGAGCCAGAGUUUGCAGCGCACUUCUUAGAUUUCGCGUGGUUCCUGUACAACGACGGUCGUCUGCGAGAGGCGCGAGACGUGCUCGACAAGGCGCUCGACAAUCCGCUGAGCGACGAAGAGCGCACGAAAUUCGAGCACGGUGCGAGAGAAUUCGAACAGUUCGUCGCACACAUGUCAAAGAAGGGAGAGUUGUGA